UAUUCAAUAAUCAAGAAGAGGAACUUGAGCCUGGGAAACAGUCCAAAAGAGUGUUCUGAAGGAAGUUUCAAGGUCUACAGAUCUGAGCGCAGCUUAUAUAGUUUUUCAAAGCACUGUAUGUGCAGAAAGGGCCUUCCACAUCAAACAAUCAUGUACGUCAAAGGGGUAUCUGUUCCUCCAUGACAGGGUACAUCUGGUUUUUCUCUAGGUAAUACAUGAAAGAUAAAAUAAAUAAGAACUUCUUGGUUACAAAUCCUGGAAUUUUGAUGUUAUUUAUGUGUGGAGAGAGGCAAGGACCAGAAUCGCUAAUCAUUUCCCAAACCUCAAAAAUGCAACUAGGUUAUGUGAGAGCCAGGUACUCUUUAUCUCUUCCUGUUGCAGAGGUUUUCCAGCUGGCGUCUUCAGUCAUGAGGUGAAGGGUUGUAAAGUCAUUCUGACACAGGCUUAAGAUGCCCUGCAAGGCCGCUUCACAGUAAGGCAUGGAUUUUGCACCGACUCUAUGCCUAUGCAGCCUGCUUGCUAGUUUUGCCUGACAGACCAGAGAGAGGGGUGCCCAUUACUGUUCACAAUUUGAAUACAAGAUUUCUGCUUGAGACAGGGUACUGAUCGUAAUGUAAUUACAAUAACAACUACAAAUUCAUAUCUAUUAAGUACUUACUUUGUGCAGGGCGCUACACUGAGCACUUAGCUGAACCUGGGAGUCAGAAGAUGACUUUGAAUCCCAGCUCUGUCCCCCGUGAGCAGUUACCUGGCCUUUCUGUCCCUCAGAUUCUACGUCUAGAAAAGGGAAGGCAUCUGUGAUCUCGGGGCAUGGGCCAAAUCAAAUACAGGUAGGAACCGGUUCCCGCAGCCGGCCCGGGCUAGCCCUGAGUACCCAGAGCACAGCGGAGGGACAGGCCGCCCCCAACUCCCUCACCUCCAAAAUCCGCCCGUCUUUGCCCUAAGCUUUUACUCACCUCCAAGCCCCGGACAUCCGGACCUGCCUGUAAGAGUUCUCAUGUGAGUAGCAGUCCGUAAGGGAGUAGCUUCAACCCAUCAGAGCCUCUCUCUUAGGUUGCUGUUCUGGAGAAGCCAAAUCAAGAGCGAUCCAGCCGCCCCUCGGCCCAGGCCACCUGCAGACCACUCGCUGCUUCCCUUCAGCCUUUCAAACAGGCCGCUCCGGAAAGACCAAUCACAGCCUUCCUGCCCCCUGUCCGCCGGUGCGACCCAAUCAACGUCAUCUGUCGGUGUGUCACGCUACGGAGUCCAGCUGCCCUGCCGCUUUCCCUUUGGUACGUCUGCGCAGAGAGGAAAAGCAAGGGCUGUUGAGGCUAAAGAGGUGCCAUCUUGGUUAAGGGCAGGGCUGUGGGCUUUUAAGGACUUUUUCUGAGGAAAGGCAGGAAUGCUGCACCGUUUCCACAUAUCCCGGAAGCCUCUCUUUGUGAAGCACGAGGGGCUUGCCCGUGGCGCCCCCUGGCCCUGGUCCCGGCGGAAGUACCCGGGGAGGCCGGGCCGGGGUGGACUAGGGAAAGAAGCCCAGGGCCCCUGAGCUUCGCGGACGUGGCCGCGUACUGCUCCCCGGGGCAGCGGGGGUGUCUGCGGCCCGCGCUCAGGGCCCUGUGCCGGGACGUGAUGCGGAAGACCUACGGCCACCUGGGCGCGCUCGGCCCCAAACUCGCUUUUAUCUCUUGGGUGGAAGGAGAGGUGGAGGCGUGGGGCCCGGAGGCCCAGGAUCCAAAGGCUGAUAGCCCAGCAAAGGUCGCAGGGUCCAGCGAUGGGAGUGAGGAGAAAGAAGUGCUAAAGAAGAGUCCAAAGCAAAAACAGAUGGAACAUGAGGGAGUGUCUCUCAAGGAGUGGUUGCUAUCCAGCGCGCCACUUGACCUCAAUCACAAAGCUGCUUGCCCAGAGCUCUACUAGAACUCAAGGCAAAGCCC